AUGGGGCCUCGGUCACUCAUAGACACUCAGCUGUAUUUUGUCAGCCUGUCAGACCGGAGGGCAGAUCGCCUGAAGUACUGCUGCCUCCAGAGGACACGGCUGAGACGUCAGACAAAGAGAGAGCUCUUCCCACUUUCAUCUCUGUCUUUCUGCCUGAGUUCCCACAUUAUCCUGGGCUUCAUAGCCAAAGGCUCAUAUGGACCCAUCCUGAAAGUGAGGGACGUUUUCAAAGACAAGAUGUUUGCCGUGAAGGUUCUAGCAAAGUCAGAGAUUUUGAAGCAUGGAGUGGUGGAGCAGUCGAAAGAAGAAGUUAUCAUUCAGCGGCAGCUCAAACACCCAUUUAUCCACAGUCUGCAGGACAGCUGGCAGACACAGCGCCAUCUCUUCAUUAUGUGUGACUACUGUAGCGUUGGAGACUUGCACACCUACUGGUUACUUAAAGGCCAGUUUGGGGAGGAUGAGGUUCGUCUCUUUGCUGCAGAGCUGGGCAGUGCGCUGGGAUUCCUGCAUGACUUAGGGAUCAUGCACAGAGAUGUAAAGAUGGAGAACAUUCUUUUAAGUGAUCGAGGUCACCUUCGCCUGUCUGAUUUCGGACUCUCCCUGCGGCUGAAACGAGGAGGAAGAGCGUUCACGAUAUGUGGGACGAUCCAAUACAUGGCUCCAGAAGUUUUAGGUGGAGGUCCGUACAACCACGCCGCUGACUGGUGGUCUCUUGGUGUCAUGUUGUUUUCGCUUGUGACCGGAGAGUUUCCAGUCCCUGCAGAGCCGGACCACAGCACCAUGUUGAACAAGGUCAAAGACUUUCAUUACCUCCUACCUAAGACCUUCAGCUCUGCUCUGAUCUUACUGCUCACUGAGCUUUUGUGCAAAAAUCCAGCGAACCGGCUUCGUAACCUGGAGUGUUUCAAGAUGCAACCCUUCUUUCGUGGCUCCUCGUUCGACUCUCUCAUCCUUCAGAAGACACCUGUUGACGUCAUCCUCCAGCUCAGGGCUCAUCCUGAUUGGGCGGCCAAAGCGAGGAGAGGCCUUUCAUUGGAUUAUUUUAAUAGCUUUGACUGUGAUAAGAUCCUUCAUUCUCCUAUAAAUCCCACUGAACUGUCACCUACUACUACACCUGUGUGGACCAGACUCCAACCACGGAGCAGACUUGCAAAGCACGAGACCUGAAUACAGACUAAAUGAUGAAUAUUUACCACCUCCUGGACUGGAUUUAAUAUUUUGACAGUGUUUUUUCCUCUGUGUGUUACCUUCUGUCAUCCUACAACUAAUUUCCUGCUACAUAUUUGUUGCUGUCACUAUAUAACUGUUUGUUUUUAGUAUUGUAGCCUUAAUACUGUGUUAUGUUGGUUUGUCUGUGUUAUCUUUCAGGUCUUCUUGGUGGUUUGAUCCGUCCUACCUCAUUGGUUGAUUGAUGUCACCUUUAUAAGCUAGGUCAUCUCAAGAUGACCUGACAUGAAUGGCUGACACCUUUCAAGUGCCCACUUUGAUUUGGUUUGGUUGUUGAUUCACGUUACACACAGUUUAAGUGAGCACUCAACACCCACACACUGUACUGACUGCUGAUUUAACAGCAUGGUUUGCUUGAAAUUAAUUUAAUUUUUCGUUCAUUUAAAUGGUUUCUGUGUGGGCCUCCCUCUUUAUUAUGCUCUUCAACGAGUCAGGUAUAACACUAUUAAAAUCACUUUGAGCUGUUUAUCCUUAAACUUUGAAAUUAAACUUGU